UGGUUGCCCGGCAACCGGCCACCGCGGCUGGGGAGCCUGGCGUUGGCGAAGCUUGACCAGCGCAGACUCGCUCCGCGACGGGUCGGGUCACAGGCGGUGAGCUGUUCUCCCGGGAGGAUGCGUGCGGACUGAAGAAACCCAAGAGCCAGGCUUCUCAAACUUGCCUGCCAGUACAGUAUGGAGAUAGUCUGGAAUAUUGUUUUAACUACUAAUGGAAGAUAAAGGAGAAAUGUACUUAGAAAAUAAGGAUGUUCAUAAAACAAAAGGCCCAGUGACAUCUCAGUAGCAUCUUGGACCACGUCAAGUGCCUUGUUUCAGAUGCCUAGCUACAGAGAUAGAGGAGACUCAUAGUUCACAUUCCUAAGAAAGCCAUAAGAUAAAAUUGGAGAUAAAUAAUACCUAAAUCUGCUUCUUGAUAUGGCAUUAAAACAGAGCUACUGCUGAGCGUUUGCCUUAAAAAAGUCAUGGUUCGACUGACGUUGGAUCUAAUUGCUAAACACAGCAAUCUUAAACUUCGAAAAGAAGAAACAAUUUCACAAUACCUAAAGAAAAUAACUCAUGUAAACUUUUCAGACAAAAAUAUAGAUGCAAUUGAAGACCUCUCUCUCUGCAAAAAUCUUAGUGUUUUAUAUUUAUAUGAUAACCGUAUUAGUCAAAUUACUAACCUGAAUUAUGCCACAAAUCUGACCCACCUGUACCUACAAAACAAUUGUAUUUCAUGUAUAGAAAGCCUCAGAUCAUUAAAGAAACUGGAAAAACUGUAUCUUGGAGGCAAUUACAUUGCUGUCAUAGAAGGGUUAGAAGGAUUAGAAGAACUAAGGGAGCUUCAUGUUGAGAGUCAGAGACUUCCCCUCGGAGAAAAGCUUCUGUUUGACCCAAGAACUCUUCAUUCUCUGGCAAAAUCUCUCUCUAUACUGAAUAUCAGCAAUAACAAUAUUGAUGACAUAAGAGACUUAGAAAUACUGGAGAAUCUUAAUCAGCUCAUAGCAGUUGACAACCAACUUCAGCAUGUGAAGGAUUUGGAGUUUUUGCUAAACAAGAUGAUGAAGUUGUGGAAAAUGGAGCUGAAUGGAAAUCCUGUUUGUCUCAAACCAAAAUACAGGGAUAGACUGAUAUUGGUGUCCCAAUCCCUGGAAUUUCUUGAUGGAAAAGAAAUUAAAAAUAUGGAAAGACAAUUCCUAAUGAAUUGGAAAGCAUCCAGAGAUGCAAAAAAAAACAGCAAGAAAAAGAGCAAUAAAAACGAGGAUGCAAGAAACUCAUACAUAAGUAAGCACAAUGUCACUCAUUAGAGCUGACCACCUCUUCUCACAAAGGGAAAAUUCUAACCAUCAUCACCACCACCACCAACAAAAUUGCCAAUAAGUAAGAGGGUUUUUGUGUAGAUUU